AUGGGGAAACAGCAAUCUAAACCAGAAGAAGUCAUAAUCGCCCAAACCGCAUCAGGUGGUAAUAAUGACGCCAGUGCUUCUCAAAAAGAAGUGGCAUUUCACCUUACCACGCUGAACGUUAUACUUACUACGAUUUUGACUAUGCUGGGAAUCGCUAUGCUAUAUGGAGCGUAUCAUAUAUUUAAAAGGUGCCACCAGAAAACAGUAAGGAAUGAUAUUGCUAGGUAUAAUGCGACCUUUCGAAGAUCAUUUGGCUUUGCACGAGGACUUGAAAAAGAGACGUACCCGCUAGCGGCGCAUCAUACAACAUCCCUGUAUCUUCCCCCUGACGACAGGGUAUUUGUGAUCCGGAUGACGGCAACGGUAUGUGAAGGGUGA